GGGCUGGUCAACGACAGACUGAUGCGGAAGUUGGGCGAAACGGAGCGGAGCUGGACAAGCAGCGAUGUCGCCGAGUAACCUGGAGCGGGACUGAUUCUUGCUUCUCCGCCGUUGCUAACGCCAGAUCGGCCAGGCCACCUAUGCCGAGACCAUGGCGCAAUUCGAAGGCCAGCUGCUUCCGCCUAACCAUCCCAUCACCCGGCGCGUGCGCGAGAUCGCCAAGCGAAUUGUGGAGCGCAACGGUCUGGGGCGAGUGAAGGAGGGCCACUCGCUCAGCAGCAUUGAGGAAGUCAUGGGCUCGUUCGGCAUCGGGCGCGGCAUGGAGUCCGGAGAGAACAUCAGCGCAACGGAGGCGGGGAAUCAGAAUGCCGAGUGGGAGGUGUACGUUGUCGACGACCGCAAGACGAUGAACGCAUUCGUGAUCCCAGGCGGCAAGAUCUUUGUGUUCACGGGUAUUCUGCCGGUGUCCGGCAAUGACAGCGGGCUGGCGACGGUGAUGGGCCACGAGAUCUCGCACGUCGUGGCGCGUCACGGCGCCGAGCGCAUGAGCUACAUGAAGGUGCUGUUUGCGGUUAGCUUCCUUCUCGAGACGCUCGGCCUGGAUGUGGGCAUUACGCGCGCGCUCGUCACCCUCAUGCUGCAGCUGCCCAACUCGCGAGCGAGCGAGAGCGAGGCCGAUAACAUCGGCCUACAGCUCAUGGCGCGGGCAUGCUACGACCCUAGUGAGGCGUCAAAGGUGUGGGAGCGGAUGAGCGAGAUGGGCGGCGGUGGUGGCCAGCUCGACAUCCUCAGCACACACCCAGCGAACCGCAAGCGCAUCAAGGCACUGUCUAAGGAGCUGCCGCUCGCGAACGACAUUGUCGCGGCCAACUGCGGGGGUGUGGCCGACAACAAGGCCGGGUUUGACCAGGCUGUCGGAUCUUGGUCGAAAUGGGGCUAGCUGGAAGGCGAGAAGGGAGUGCUCCGGCGUCAUAUUGUCAAUGCAAGCGUUGCCGACGUGGUGACUACCUUGCCGAUUGGGGAUCAGGGGAUCGCGGUGACCGCCGUCAACCGACACGGCAGCCUGCAGUGGUCG